AUGCAACAAUCCUAAACAAUUCUUAACUAUUUAAAUGGGAAUUAUCUACUCACAAGCAACACUGAAAAUCAAAUAAUUACUUUAGAAUUUGAUUCACAAUAUUAUAAUCCUUGCUUUUACUUUUUGCAUUACUAAUUAUUUAAUCAUCUUAAUAGUACAAGGUAAUAAAUAUUGUUAUUAUAUAUAGACCACUCCUAAUUAUAGAUCUUGAAUACAAUUUUAGAUCAUAAUGGAAGAACAUUUAUCCUACUAUUGAAUGUUAAUAGUACAAUGGAUUUAAGAAAUAUGUUAAUAAUAUUUAUUUCAUCAAUAAAGAAGAAUCUUUGAAUAAUGUAUUAAAGCAAAUUGUUACAGAUAAUAUAAAAAGCCUUGAAGUUUUGAUUUCUGGAUUAGAAUUAGCUGAAUAAUCAAUUUUUAAUACAAUAAAAGAAAUCCUUAAAUAACCUUUUAGAUCUUAGAUAAGUUUAUUAAUCCCAAAAGAUUUUAAACAUAAAGAAUUAAAAACUAUUUAUAAUAUUUCAAAUUGCAGAAUGAUAAUUGAAUAAUUAUUAGAGACUGAUGAAAAGUUAUAAAAGAAUGAAAAAGAAUUUAAAAUUUAUAAUUUAAUGGUUAUGAUGGUUUUAAAAAAAUCAAAUGGACAUUCUUUUUUAAAAAAUUAUAUAAUAGAUGGUAAAGAAUUGUUAAGAAGUAAAUUAAAAAUAAAUAAAAUAAAAAAAGAGAUUUAAAAGGAUGAAUAAUUGGAUGUAACUAAGAAAAUAGGUGCAACAUUCAAUUUAAAUUUAAGUUAAGAAUAAAAAUUAAUGAAAAAUGAGGUUGAUAAUUAAAUAAAUCCUUAUAAAGAAAUAAUUUCAUAAGAAAAUGCCCCAUUAAUUUAUUAAAAUGAAGGAGAUGAGAAAAGAAUAAUUUUAGAUGAUGAAUAAGAAGAUUUUGAAGAAGUAGAAGAAUAUGAAGGAUGA